AUGAGACAAUCCCCAUGGCGAGUCGUACGCGUCCUUUUGGUCCGAAAUCCAUGGCGUCCUGUGCAACCUGACACUGGUCUUGAUGACAUGCGACGCCGUAGAUGUGAUCCAUGCCUUGCCAGGGCCCUGCCAAGCGUUCACUACGGGCAGACUUAUGUGGAUCAGGGAGCCACUAGCGACUGGAUCAGCCAGACGGUGAUGCUUCUGGCAUGGCCUACUCUUAGCUGGAACCGGAAAAUCCGUGGAACCGGAAACGUCAAACUCCCUCUCAGCUUGGGAGAUCCUGCUGGAGAAUAA